ACAACCUCGACUGUGGCAGCCGAAGACGAAAAUUUAUAACACCAGGGUAGCGAACCGAACAGGCGGAUUGUCUCCGGUUGUUGACAGCGCCUUAUUACACGGUAACGUAGUGAUGGAAUGAGGGAAACCGAGCGACGCUUGGACAGCGCCGUUAGACCGGUUACAGCGUCAGCGUCAGCCGCAAAGACUUGACUGACUUCAGAUUUUAAAACAGCCCUGAGAUGUUUUAACAUUUCCCAGAGUCCUGAGAGCUGCAGACUUAAACAGAAAGCAAUAUUGCCUCAUUGAGCCACCACCAGGAGUCACAAAUACAUAAAGGCAUCUCAGUCCAGCUCAGCAAACAGACAUCAUGUCUUCCAGGGAGCGUCGGUCAGAUGUCUACAUAAAGGCAGAACCGAGCAGUCCAGAGGGAGGCGGGGGAGGUCGGACCAGCCCUGGUGGGGCCUCCUCAGACUCCUCUCAAAGUGGAGGUGGAGGAACCAGAGGUGACGGUGCGAAGCGAUACUCCCCACCGCUCUACACGCCCGCCCUGCGCUGCCACUUCAAAGACGAGGGCGGAGAUGGGGCAGAGGAGGGUUCCACUGGAAAUGGAGCAGGGCGAUGCAAGUACGCCCUGAGCACGCUACCCAAGAGGCUGUGCUUAGUAUGCGGAGAUGUGGCGUCAGGUUACCACUAUGGCGUGGCGUCAUGUGAGGCCUGCAAAGCAUUCUUUAAAAGAACUAUUCAAGGAAACAUUGAAUACAGCUGUCCAGCAUCAAAUGAGUGUGAGAUAACCAAAAGGCGCAGAAAGGCUUGUCAGGCAUGCCGCUUCACCAAGUGCCUCAAAGUAGGCAUGCUGAAAGAGGGAGUACGUCUUGACAGGGUCAGAGGUGGAAGGCAGAAAUACAAAAGACGCCCAGAGGUGGAGAAUGCAACAUACCAGAGUGCCCCUCUACCACUCACAAAGGAGAGUGAAAAAGGUUCCUCCAAUAUUAUUGUGUCCCACCUUCUCGUGGCAGAGCCAGAGAAGUUAUUUGCGAUGCCUGACCCUCUGCAGCCUGACACAGCCCAGCGCACGCUCACCACUCUGUGCGACCUCGCUGACCGUGAGCUGGUUGUCAUCAUUGGCUGGGCCAAACACAUUCCCGGCUUCCUGUCUCUGUCCCUAGCAGACCAGAUGUCUGUGCUGCAGUCAGUGUGGUUGGAGGUGCUGGUGCUGGGUGUAGCAUACCGCUCGCUCGGCUGUGAGGACGAGGUGGUGUUUGCAGAGGAUUUUGUCCUCGAUGAGGAGAUGUCGCGUGUUGCAGGACUGACAGAGCUUAAUGCAGCAAUUAGUCAACUCGCUCGCCGUUUCCGCGCAUUAAAUGUGGACCGGGAGGAAUUUGUCAUGCUGAAAGCCAUCGCACUUACUAACUCAGACUCUGUUUACAUCGAGGACAUGGAGGCUGUGCAGAAGCUGCGGGACCUCCUUCACCAGGCACUGCUGGAGCUGGAAUGUCAGCGGCGCCCAGAUGACCCCCAGCGGGCAGGACGCCUCCUUUUAACAUUGCCUCUCCUCCGACAGACUGCUGGUCGUGCUCUGACCACUUUCUACAGCAUUAAGACCCGUGGUGGUGUACCCAUGCACAAACUAUUCCUGGAGAUGCUGGAAGCCAUGAUGGACUCUCCCUAGAGCAGAAAGAGGCUGAAUCAGAGAGGAUGCAACAAGAGGAAAGACCUGCCACAGAUCUAGACUUGAUGAGGGGUUUGUGAGACAUGGAAGAUUUUAUUAGUUAACUAAUACAAGGAAAAUGACCCUUGUUCCAUUUUUUUCUAGGCUACACAAACUAAGGAAAAUAAUAUGAGAAAAGAAAACCUCAUGUAUUCAUGUCCCUAAAUGGGAGUUGAUUAUAUACGUACAGUAAGAUGUAACUGCCAAACAGCAGUAAGAGGCUCCAAGAGUGCAAACAUCUAACACAAAUGCCAGAGAACUGCUCAGUUUCAACAUUUUUCAUGAUGUGUUUCACCAUGGCAUCAACCUGCAGCUGCAUCGACACUGAAGAAUGGCGUUUAGGUACCAGAGAACAGGCUGCAAUCGUGUGGCUUUUAAGGUUUUUAAAUAAUGCAACAUCAACUCAUGAAAGCCAUAGUAACAUAUCUGGGGAAAGAUCUGAGGGUCCAGUUAAGGGUCAGAUUGACAUCCACAUGGAGGGCUUGUAUUUACUAUAGUUUAGUGUGCCGCUGUAGGCAAAUCCAUAGGAAUUACUUGCAAUAUGUUAAAGCAAUAUAAUGACUUGAUUACUGUCUGUCACAUUAAAAAUGUGGAUAAAAAGGAGAGACAUCAAUGUUUGGUUGUAUAUCAGGAGUUCUCCACUCUCAGGACCCUAAAGUGUUGAAUUUUUUGUGUAAAUUCUUGCUCCCAGUAGAGACUGGAUCAAGUAGAGAAAGCCAGUUGAGUAGAUUUAGAGAGAAACCACUAACACUCUUAGCGUAAAAUCCUGGAGUUGGGAACCACUGAUGUACAUAGCAGGUGCAGGAUUCUUUAUAAACGGUUGUGCAAUUGUUGUGUAGUCCAGGAAAAGAUUGUGUGCUCAAGAAGAUUCUCCACCUGGAAAGAAGGUUCAGUGUUGUAUGUAAACUGGCACACAUGCUCUAAUACAGGCAAACGUGUGCUUGUGUGCAGUCUUACCAAUGAGCUGCACUGAGAUCAGGGAAGAACACAACUCUUUGACAUUAAAGCCAGUGUGGCAACAACAGUGCGUAGAACAAAAAUGCAUAUGCCUCAUCUGAUUUUUUUUUUAUACUAUUCCCCUUUUUUGAUCUUACCACUAUUUUUGACUUCAGCAGCUGUGCUGUUUAAAAUAACAGUCUGACUUUCUGGUUUGUAGGCUCUAACAGCUAAUGCUAACCUAAAUGACUGAUAGGUGUAUGAUGAGGGUUCGCUGCAUUUUUUGCAGCAGUUAAGAACGUCGUAUUAAUGAUCUCAGUUGUUUCUAUGUAAGAUCUAUUCUUUGUGUAUGUACUUCUGUUGAACUUUAAUUUGAGAGUGCCAUUCAUGGGCUCAGGACAAGAAACAACAUGUACGCAACAUCCUUCUAUUGGAUGUUGAUUUGUUGUUUGACAACAUCCUGACAGUCGUCCUUCUGUUCAGCAGGUCUGUAUACUUAAAAUAGAAAUGAUCAAUAUAGAAAGCUUCAAAUGCAAUGCAAGGCUACUGUAUCUGAUGUCAGAGUUGGAUACAUUAGAAUGUUUAGUGGCCAAAGGGCCAUUACACCUUUAGCCAUGUACAGUUCCAUUAAAUAAACAUGCAAUUUUUAGUGAGAGAUAAUAAAGCCAGCAAAUGUGACACAAAGUCCCCAUUACAAUUAUAUUUGUGCAGCUUACAGUGUUCUGAAAUUUGUAAAAGACUUGAAACUUUCUUUUUUCAUACAUUUUCCUUUCUAGGAUUUAAGGGUAUUUUAUUUACAUUGUGACACUGUUGUGGGUUUGGUAUUAAAUUUUUCCAUUCAGGACAUGAUGAAUACUAAUUGUUUUUAUUUUCAUGCAAGAUGUGGAGUGUUUUCUGAAGCUGAUUGUCAUUUUAGGGAUCAAUUAACAUGGCUCUACAGAUUUAGCAGCAUGUUGAGGUUACAGAGGGCUACCUCAGGAGGCACAGUAAGCCUGACGGCCAAAAAACUGUGGAGACAAACAUUGAUAUUUUGAUUAAACAAUUUGAUUAUUGGGUUUUAGUCAGUGUUUGCAGUUGCGCAAACACCUGAGAUGAUGAUUUUUUUUCUUAGUUUUAAUAACUUUCAGGGGAAUGUGGUUCAUUAAUCAGACUUUAAGAGAUGUCCCAUGGUACAAAGUGUCUCACUGAAUGACAGUUGUCUGUUUCACGGUAAUAAUGAUGCAGCUAGAAAAACCUGGAGGCCAUUUUACAGCUCACAUAGCAAAAUAUUCAUACUUACAUUUACUACAGCUAAUACUGUGGAGCAGGGAUGAUCUCUCUGAUUCACCUGUUUGGCUUUGAAUUCAUGGUUAGAUCAUAAAUAUUACUGCCAUCUAAAAAAUGUUUUGAUCUCUUAUGUGUUUACUAAUAUAUUUUCUCAAACCGUAAUCACAAUUUUGAGGUAUAUACAAAAAUACAGAUGCCUGCGUCAAACCUGGUCAUUUACAUACAGGUAGUAUUUUCAUUAGCAUACAAAUAUGUUUUAGGUACGGGGGGGUUAGGGAAAAUGCAGGGUCAUUUGAAGUGUCACUCUUAAAAUAAUCUAGUCAUUUGUAGUUUUAUUAAAUAUGUGCGCAUUAAUAUAAAUGAGCAAUACAAUAAAUUACCAAACCUCACAUUUCCUUGUAUAGCCACGAUGUACAUUUAACAUUGCCAGUUAUAAUGAAGACUAGCUAUUAAACGUUCUAUAAUUUAGAAGUUCAGAUCAUUGUUUGUAUUUUGAAAGACUAUUUAAAUGAUUAAAUUCUAUUUUUUACUCAAUUUACUGUUGUUUGUUGACACUGCUUUAUUUUUGUGUGUGAUAUUGGCUGUGAAUUUCUGUGUGUAGGCUCCUUUUUUUGUUUCAUUUAGAUAAAACAGUUUGAUGUCCGUGUCUAAACAUGUCCACAUUAAAAAUCACUGUGAAAAAAGUGAGAUCUUCCACUGUCUGACGCAACAGGGAGUGGAUAAUUGUAGGUGCUUUGUGUUGUGUAAUAAAUGGACACACCACCACCACA